AUGCCUGCUAUUGAACACCCUACCAUCAAGGAUGGCUGGUUCCGCGAGAUCUCCGGCAUGUGGCCCGGUCAGGCCAUGACCCUCCAGGUCAAGGAGGUUCUUCACCACGAGAAGAGCCAGUACCAGGACGUUCUCAUCUUCGAGUCCACCAACUACGGCACCGUCCUCGUCCUCGACAACGUCAUCCAAUGCACCGAGCGCGACGAGUUCUCCUACCAGGAGAUGAUCACCCACCUUGCCAUGAACUCCCACCCCAACCCUGAGAAGGUCUUGGUAAUUGGCGGCGGUGACGGUGGUGUCCUCCGUGAGGUUGUCAAGCACGACUGUGUCAAGGAGGCCACCCUCUGCGACAUUGACGAGGCUGUCAUCCGUCUUUCCAAGCAGUACCUCCCCGGCAUGUCCGUCGGCUUCGAGCACCCCAAGACCACCACCAUCGUUGGUGACGGCUUCAAGUUCCUCGAGGACAAGAAGGGCGAAUUCGACGUUAUCAUCACUGACUCCAGCGACCCAGAGGGUCCCGCUGAGGCUCUCUUCCAGAAGUCAUACUUCGAGCUGCUUAACGGCGCACUCCGCGAAGGCGGUGUCAUUACCACCCAAGGUUCCGAAAACCAAUGGCUUCACAUGCCCCUCAUUGUAAAUCUCAAGAAAGCUUGCAAGGAGGUCUUCCCCAACGUCGAGUACGGUUACACCACUAUCCCUACCUACCCCUCCGGCCAAAUCGGCUUCAUGGUAUGCAGCAAGGACGCCAACCGCGACCUCAAGAAGCCCCUCCGCAGCUGGUCCACCGACGAGGAGGAGCAACUUUGCAGGUACUACAGCAAGGAGAUCCACGAGGCAGCUUUCCCACGAGACAGUCGUAAGCGCCUGUUUACUUCUUGCGCUUCGGACCGCCGCCCCAAGUUACCAGUGCUCAGCAACACUCCGGCAGUUGAAGGUCUCGGGAGGUCUCGGGUGGCUCCUAAGGAGAUUGACAUGCGCGAGUUUCAGCACCAGCUUGAGCCUGAAGGCAAACAUACGCUGACCCGCCUGUGA